AUGAAGAGGAGUAGAGAUACUGAGAAGAGAUCAGAGAUAAACUCUGCCAUUGAAGAGCUUUCAGUUCUUGUUAUAGUCAAACCUGGAGAAAACCAUGAAGCUCCACCUGCACGCAUCCCAACCAAGCCUUUCCUAUCUCUUUGCUACAUGAUUCUACAACUUCUUGAUAAGGUAGGCCCAACAAUGGUUGUUAUUAGACAAGACAUUCACCAGAAUAUUAAGAGGUUGGAAGCUAUGUAUGAAUCAAACCCUUUAAUCAAUUCAAAUUUGGCUGAGAUAUUGAAAUCAGAAACUACCAAAGGCAUUGCAAAGAAGAGAAUCAGUGGCAGUAAAUCCUUUGUUUGGCUUACUAGAUCCUUGGAUUUCACUUCAGCAUUGUUACAAGCAUUACUAGUAAAAGAGCCUAAAAAGAAUAUGGAACAAGCAGUUCAAGAGUCUUAUGAUGCAACUUUGAAACCAUGGCAUGGAUGGAUUGCAUCCGCGGCUUUCAGAGUUGGUAUAAAGCUAGUACCUGAUACUAAAACUUUCAUGGAUCUCAUCAGUGAAAAAGACGAAGAAGACCGUGACACUAUAACGGAGAAAAUGCAGAUUUUGGUUUCAUUGCUAGUGCCAUUUCUGGAGGAUAUCCAUUCUAUUCUAAAAGUGUAUAAAUUGGACAGGCUUAAGUCAAACUGA